AUGUUGCCUCAGUUAACGAGUGACCAGUGUGAUGCUUGUCGAUUCCGCAAGGUCCGCUGUAACCGACAGUACCCGUGUGCGUAUUGCGAGCAAAAGAAAAUUGACUGCACCUAUUCGGAAAUCAAGGCCAAGGAGAAACGCACUCGUGUCCACUUCACACCUCUUUAUGAGAAAAAGAUUGACCACAUUGAACGCCGACUGGAUGGAAUCAUUGAAAUCUUAAGGGAUCUCCAAGUUAGCCGGCCCAACCCCGAGCCAUCUCAACUACCAAGAAGUAUACAACCCUCAUCCAACGAGUCACACUCCGAGUCAACGGUAUCUAGCCAUGUAACCCACUCGAACUCGGUCGCUGAACCAGUCGUGGAAGGGGAUUCUUCUUUAACUGCCCAUUCUGCUUUCGCAAACGAGUUCCUGUGGAAAUUCGUCGGUGGGGAGUCCUUACAGAAUUGCACUCUAGAGAUGCGUCAGACUCUAGAUGCACUUGCUCAUAUUGUUGCUACACUCAAAAAGCAGACUACCUCGAGUGAGACACUAGACUCCUACUUGGCCACUACCUCCCGUCCACGAGUCCAGGGUUUCAAACUGCCCCCAAUUGAGAAAGUAGUCGCCCUGAUACGUCUUGCCAAAUCCCAGAGCCUCGCAGGUACCGGCUGGAUAUAUGAGGUUAUUCAAUUCAAUCAAUUUCCAGACAUGUGUCUCGGUGUCUAUUUCUCUGCUGACUAUCCUCACGGCGAUCACAUAUCUGUAAACGCCGGUCUGCACUCUCUAUUCUGGGACUACGCGUUUCAGCUACCCGAAGAACAGAGGGAAGAAUUCUUCGGCUAUGCUCGUCUGUGCCGUGAAAAUCUAGAAACCGCACUGGUUGAUCUGCCUCUGCAUCUACCUGCAACCCCUAAUACAAUUCUCGCGCUGACUUUGGGUGCUUUCCAUUUCAUCGAGCUCUCAAAACCAUGCAUGUCCUGGACAUUCUCAUCAAAUGCGUCCCAAUUAUGCCAGACAUUGGGCUAUCACCGGAAGAUAUCCAUGAAGAGCGACUCGCAGGAGACUGUCCAAUACAAAUCUUUUCUCUUUUGGGGCGUCUACUUCCUCGACAAGUGUUUAUCCCUUCGGCUUGGGCGAGCAUCAACUAUUCCCGAUUCUGACAUCACAUUACCUCGACCUUCAGCGGGCAAGCCCAACGAUGCACCUGUCAUGGCUUAUUAUCCUUUGUGGACUGAAUCCGCACGAUUGCAAGGCCGCAUAUACGACAUGUUAUACAGCCCAUGCUCACUAGCCCAGCCCAACCACGUGCGGUAUGAUCAGGUACAACAUCUUGUAAGCGAACUACAGGCAUUGAAGAAGGAAACCCAAGACGUCAACAACCGAUGGAUCAAAACUGCCAAGCAGAUUUCUGGUGAAGGCUUGAUGGACUUUUUUGCUGUGUCUGACGAUGUCCUGCAUCUAUCUCUUCUCACCCUAGUCUAUCGGGCCGCUCCACCAUCAAAAGAAGCUUCCACCACUUUCAGCUCAAACUGCAUCAAAACCGCCCAGGCCACUUUGCAGAGACAUCACGACUGUAUGGAAGUGAUUUCCAAGACCGACAAUAUCUACUUCCCUAAGUAUAUUCAUUGGACUCUCCUCUUCGCACCCUUUUCCCCCUUCAUUGUCAUCUUCUGCCACGUAAUUGAAACCCAAGACCAAAGUUACCUAUCUCACCUCCAUGACUUCGUCGAAUCCAUCCAGUCCGCACCAACCGUCUCAGAAGCUGCCGCCAGAAUGCACCGUCUUUUCCUCGUUCUCUACAACGUAGCGCUGCACUUCGUUGAGUUUCGCACAUCCCAACAGCCAGGUCAAACACCAGCAUUUGCCGAGAUGGAUGGAUACCUCGCUGCCUUGGGGUUAGCAGCACCAGUGUCAGACGACGUCCAUCAACCAGUGCUGCAGUCUCUCAAUACAGACUCUGGGCAUGAUUUCAUGGCACAUGAUUAUCACCAGAGAGAGGAGCCGACGAUGGAGAUUGGAAAUGAGGCUGAGUUGGAUGGCUGGUUCUCUAGUAACCGUGCUAUCAUGGGAUUGCUUCAGGACUCGGAUUUGAAUAUUCUGGAUGAAGAUUGGAGAUGCUGA